AUGAAAUCUCAAUUCGAAGUUUUCCUUAGGCUAAAACCUUCCAACAAGUAAAGAUAAUCAUGUAUAGUAGCUAAUCCUAAAAUGCUAUGCAAUACUAAAUUUAUCAGAAUAAAAGAUUACAAGUAUUAUUGCCUAAACAUGUUAAAUUCGGAAUGAUCAACAACAGUCGAGACAAUUUGGAUUUCAAUUUUACUCAUGUUUUUGAUUAAAAAGCAAGUCAGGAACAUGUAUUUACAAAUGUCACAACUCCUGUUAUAAAUAGGUAUUGAAGUAUAAUUCAAAUUUAGUUUUUUGGAUGGUUAUAAUGCCACUAUUUUUGCUUAUGGAUAAACAGGAUCAGGUAAGACUUAUACAAUGAGUGGAGCUGAAACAUGGUAGUUGAGAGGAGUUAUACCUAGAGCACUUUCAUAUAUUUUUGAUGAAAUCGAUAAAAGAACUAAAUUUGAAUACAAAAUCUAUAUUUCAUUUAUGGAGAUUUACAAUGAAAAUGCAUAUGAUUUAUUAGAAAAAAGACAUUUGGAAACUCCGUUGGAAUAGUGGAACAAAGUAUUAAUAUCCUAAUUUUAAAGAUAGCAUUAUUUGAAGAUGAUCAAAAUAAUAUUCAUUUAAAAAACCUAUCCAUUCAUUAGUGUAACAAUGAGUAGGAAGGAAUUGAUCUGCUGAUGAUGGGAAAUUUUAUAAGAUAAGUUAGCUCCACUCCUAUGAAUUAAUCAAGUUCUAGAUCUCAUUGUAUUUUCACAGUAACUCUUGAAGGAUGUGACACAACAAGUGAAACUUGUUUUGUUAGCAAAUUACAUUUAGUUGAUUUAGCAGGAUCAGAAAGAAUUAGCAAGUCAUAGGUUGAAGGCAAUUUAUUGAAUGAAGCAAAAUAUAUCAACUUAUCUCUAACCUAUUUAGAAUAAGUCAUAAUAGCAUUAAAUGAAAGGAUGAAAGGAGCCAAUAGACAGCAUAUUCCUUAUAGAAACUCAUUGAUGACAACAUUAUUAAAGGAUUCAUUGGGAGGCAAUUGUAAAACUGUGAUGAUCGCGACAAUAAGUUCUGAAAAUGAUAAUAUUGAAGAGUCACUUUCCACUUUAAGAUUUAGUUAAAGAGUGGGACAAUUAGAGAAUGAGGUAAUAAGAAUUUACAAUAUUUUAGAUAAGGAGAAACGAAAAAGUAGAUUUGGAAGCUGUUGUAAAGAGAUUAGAACAAGAAAAACUUGCUUUGAUAAGGGAAUUAGAACAAUAUUAAAGAGGAGGGACAUCCACUUCAAGUAAUAAGAAAAUUUAAUAACAACAAUAAACUUUGUUGCCUUAAUCAAGUGGAAUGCCUAUUAGUCAAAAAGAAGUGUAAGAAAAAGUUGAAUUAUAUCUUAAUGAAAGGAUUCCUUUAUUGGAUGUGAAAAGUGUUGAAGAAACAUAGAAGUGUUUUGAAGCUAUGAAGGAUUUAUAUAAUACAAGAAUGAAGGAAUAUGUGACAGAACUUACAUUCAUCUCUGAAAAGUUAUAAAAAUAUGAUGAAAUAUUGACAAGAAAGUAUGAAAACAUAAUAAGUAUUAGAAAAGAACAGAGUUCCUUCCUUGAAUAAAAAGAGAAUAGUUCACCUGAAAUUGAAGUUUAUAGAAGAAACGAGUCUCCACAGAUUUAAUUCAAGAAAAGACCAAACUAGUGA